CUCUUGGUUUGACAUUAGGUCCACAGACACCAUCCACUCCUCUGACACCAGGCCCUGACAAAGAUGGAACAAAAUACAACUGGGAUCCUUCUGUGUAUGAGAAUGAGCUACCAGUCAGAUGCCGAAAUACAAGUGGAAUUUUGUUCAAAAACAAGUUGGGUUCUGGAGGCCGAGGGCGUUGCAUUAAGCACGGAGAGAACUGGUUCACUCCCACUGAAUUUGAAGGGAUGGCAGGUCGCGCUAGUAGCAAAGACUGGAAAAGGAGCAUCCGUUACGCUGGCCGCCCCCUGCAGUGUCUGAUACAAGAUGGCAUCCUAAAUCCCCACGCAGCGUCCUGCACCUGUGCUGCCUGCUGUGAUGACAUGUCUCUGACCGGUCCAGUCAGGCUCUUCGUUCCCUACAAAAGACGCAAAAAAGAAAACGAACAAAGUACUGCUCCGGUUAAGAAAGAAUCUCCCAAGAACAUCACUUUACUGCCUGCGGCGACUGGAACAGCCUUUACAAUGACCCCAGCUGGUCAGAUCACUCCCUCCGGGACACUGGCCUUCGAGCGAACAUCUACAGCAGAUGCCACAGCCAUUAUUUCAGAUGGUACAACACAGGGAGACGUCUUCACCAGUACCACAGAAGAUGGCAUUCACCAAGCACAGCCCUGUCGUGACUGGUGGUGGGACACAGCAAAUAAAACCCCUUACCCCCUACAAGGUCAUGAGGGUCACAGACAGGGCAGUCGUGCAGGUCUCGGGGUCCCUGAUGUCUGUGGAGAUGAUGGCACUCAGGGACGGCCUCAGGGCCAAGUGGAAGGUGGUACACCAGGCCCCUCGCGAUCACCUCCACACUCCGCUUCACCGACAUCACUGGGAGCUGGUGCCAGUCCUGACACACACACAUCGAAGAGUAUCAGUGAGUUUGAGGAGGGAACACAGGUAUUGGCCUCGCUUCCUGCCCUCGCAGUGCCGACUCCUCCCACUCCGACCAAGGUCAUCUCGCCUACUGCCUUGAAUGGGUUGGAGGUUGCUGAGCAACGUAGCUGGCUCUACCUGGAAGAAAUGGUCAAUUCAUUGCUGGCCACAGCUCAGCAGCUGAAGACUCUGAUCGAGCAGGCAAAACAAGCUAGCAUCGCCUCGAAGGAUGGAGCUAUCGCUCAGGCCAAGCUGCAGGCAGACACCGAGAGAAAAGGGACCCUGACCCAGUACCAGAACCAGAUACCAUUUCACUCAGCUGAUGAUGUGGAUGGAAAAACUGAGAUCAUCAUCAAGCAAACGUGUGUGAACUGUGGCCGUGAAGCGAUGAAUGAAUGCACUGGAUGUCACAAGGUUCAUUACUGUUCAACGUUCUGCCAGCGAAAGGACUGGAAGGACCACCAGCACGUGUGUGGGCAGCCAACAACUCUCACUGUGCAGGCAGAGGAUGUGCAGGUGACAGAAGUGGAUGUGGAGAAAGUCAAAGUCUGAGACUGUGGUUGCUGAAGUUGAUCCAGGGUGCUUGAACCAAGUUCCAUCGGAGUCUGCAGGCUGGGGGAAUGUCAAUGUCUGAUUGUCAGAAAGGGCUGUGUCCAUGGAGCGGGCUGAAUCUCAUGGUGCAGAGUGGCUCCGAGAUCAGAAAAGCCACUUAAAAGGCAGAAAACGCCCUUGGAGAGAUGUGAGCCCACAGCCGCAUAUCCUCCAUCUUAGUCCUGGCCCUUGGCCUUAUAAAGAACGUGUUACUGCUCACUAACAUGCACCAGCUUACGUGCAUGCUCCACGUGGAACACGUACUGAGUAACUGCUGCCCACGGGGGUGCCACUCACCUUUACAUUGGAGGGAGGGUGAGGGGGUGAUUGUGCAUGGGGUAGGGUCUGCUCUGAGCAAUGGUAUUGGGGUGGGGGGUGUGAGUAGGGGCUGUGGAGAGCAUCAGUGGAGGAGAGGUACAGUUUGGGCAUGCCUUUAUGUGGAGUGACGUGGUUCUGUCCCCAGUACGGUAAGCAGCACUUGUACCUGCCCAUACAGGUGGAAGCACAUGCUCCUGUCACCAGGUACAGGGCAAUGCAGACUGACCACCUGGUCCAAGCCCUCAGAGUGACUAUGGUCCUCAGCCAAGGUGGAGAAAGGUGAUUUUCAAAUGCAAUAUUACCGACUUUCUUCAUAUCACUUUGUUUUUAUUGGAAGGAUUUGAAUUCUAUAGCAAUUUACAUUUUUAAUUCAAAAGCUGUUUGUGGCGAGACAUCAAGUAGUGUAUGUGGAUGGGCUUGGGCCUGAGGGGGUUAAACAAAAUCAGGAGUAGAUUUUGGGGAAUUAAUCACUACCGAUUAAACACAUGCUGCAAAUCUUCACACUUGGAGCAUUACAGAGGAUUGGUUCGGAUUACCUUUGGUUGUUCAACCAUUAAUUGGAUGAUUUUUUUUGAAUCAGGGAGACUGUUUACCAAUGCUUCCCAUGAGGAGCUGUGAAGUUCACCGUGAAUAGCACAUCUCUGGGAGAUUAAAGUUCCUCCUUCUGGGAGA